AUGGCCGCCCUGCAGCAGCAGAAGGUGCAUGAUGUGGUCAAACACUACCGCCCGGCCAGGCAAUUCCCCGGUUCUGUGCGCUCGGAUGGCGCCGAAAGCCGUAUUACCUCCCUUGACUUUGACGACAUGGGAGAUUUCCUGGUUGCGGCAUGCGAUGACGAGACAAUGCAAGUCUACGAUGUGAAAGAAGGAAAGAGAACGAAGGUCAUACCUAGCAAGAAGUACGGCAUCCACCUGGCUCGAUUCACCCACCAUCCGCGCAAUGUGCUCUUCGCCAGCACGAAACAAGACGACUCCCUUCGCCUUCUUGAACUGCACAACGAAAGUUUCGUUCGCUACUUUAGCGCCCAUACGGCACAAGUCACUUGCAUAGCGUUAUCGCCAGGUAGCGAUCAAUUCCUGUCAUGUGGGAAAGAUGAUAUCGUUUGUUUAUGGGAUCUAAAUUCGAGAAGCCCUCAGGGCAAGCUGAAACUAGUUACGCCAUAUCUUGCUGCAUACGAUCCUUCGGCGAACGUGAUGGCCAUCGCGUCGCAAUCCACUUCGUCCGUGCUCAUGUACGACGUCCGUAACUUCGACAAAGCACCGUUUGCCACGUUCGACAUGGCCGAAGCAGAAGACAGACAUACGCCAACCACCAAAGGCCGAGCGUGGACAAAGCUGGAGUUCUCCAACGACGGAAAGAGUAUGCUCCUGGGGACAGAUUACCAUGGUCAUUUUGUGCUGGACGCAUUUGAUGGAACGGUCAAAUCAUUCCUUGUUGGAAAAACAGCAGGUACUGGACGAGCGGCGCCUGUUUCGAGUUCGGGAAAGCCUUUGGGUCAGGGUGAUGCAUGCUUUACACAAGACGGCAGGUACAUUAUCGGUGGCACAGGAGAGCAAGAUCUUUUGGUCUGGGACACCCAGGCAUCUACUGGCGGGCGACAGGAGCCCACGGCGAGAUUACCAAGCCGGGGCAUCAAAAGUGCCAUUGUGCAAUGCAAUCCACGCUACAACAUGCUUGCAACGGCUGACACGAAGGUCUGCAUGUGGCUCCCAGGGGAUCAGAUCAAGAAUCCAGAGCUUUGA